UCAAAACCCUGGGGUGCAUGAUGAAGGUCCCAACUUUACUUUGCGCUUUGACGGCCAUUACAUCCGCGACCCCGGCUCCAUUUCUAUGGCAAGACAAGAGAGCAGCAGAUUCUGUGCCCGCUUACGCUGCCCACACCAUUGAUCAACCUAUCGACCAUUUUCAGAACUCCAGUCGCUAUGAACCGCACACAAAGGACACAUUCAAGCAGAGAUACUUCUUUGAUUCAUCCUACUACAAGCCCGGAGGGCCGGUAUUUCUGUACAUCGGCGGAGAGACGAGCGGAGAAAGUCGGUUCUCGAACCUGCAAACCGGAAUUAUCCAAAUUCUGAUGGAGAAGUUCAACGGUCUCGGUGUGAUCCUUGAAAACCGUUACUAUGGACACAGCUACCCUUUCAACACCAGCACGACGGACGAGCUGAGGUUUUUGACCACCGAACAAACUAUCGCCGACAACGCAUACUUCAGACAGCACGCUACUUUUCCUGGUGUCAACAGCAGUCUCAGCGGAUCUGAUGUCCCCUGGAUCAUGUACGGCGGUUCUUUGGCCGGUGCGCACACUGCUUUCACGAUGAAGACGUACAACUCCAUCUUCGCUGGUGGUAUUGGUAGCAGUGCUACUACCCAAGCUUUGCUUGAGUACCCUCAGUGGUACGACCCUAUCAUCAAGUACGGUCCUGCAGACUGUGUUUCCCGAAUCGUCAAUAUCGUUGGCAAGAUUGAUGCUCUGAUCCAAUCCGGCAACAAGCAAGGCAUCCAGCAGCUCAAGGAUAUUUUCGGUCUCGGUGCGCUGCAAAGCCUGGGUGACUUCGCUAUGACCAUCGCGUUCCCGAUCGGUGGUCCAAUGAACUAUCCGACAAACACCUGGCAGGAGUUGAACUGGAACGAGACCUAUGGCUCGAAUGACUUCUGGAACUUCUGCUCCAACGUCACAAACAUCGACCCGCCCAAGAACAUAAGCAGCGUCGACACCGCACUUUCCAAGUACUCCAACGGCGAUCCCUGGACUGGCCUGGGCGGCUACGCCGACUACAUUAAGAAAGUUCUCCUACCAACCUGCGAAAGCGGCCGCAUAGACAGCACAGACGACGGCUGCUUCAGCACCCAAAACCAAACCUUCUACGCGGACCCUACAAACAGCGCCUCCCGGUCCUACCUGUACUCGACCUGCUCCGAGUCUGGCGCCUACCAAGUCGCUCCCAAAUCUGGCCCCUCCCUGAUCUCCCGCGUCCUUCAAGUCCCCUAUACACAACAGUGGUGUACAUGGGCCUUCCCUGCCGGCCAACAUAACAGCAUCCCAAAGUCUCCUGAGCUGCACUAUUACAACAAGUACGGUGGAUGGAACACCAAAGCCGAGAACCUCGCGUUGAUUGAUGGGAGCACGGAUGUCUGGCUUGAUCUGUGCUAUCACUCGGAUCUGGCGCCAAAGCCGAGGAUUAGCAGUGAUAAGUAUCCGAGUUAUCUUAUUGCUGGGGCGGGACAUCAUUGGGAUAGCUAUGGAAUUAUGGAUGUUGCUGUUGAGCCGGCGUAUAUUAGAGAGGCGCAUGAGUGGGAAAUCAGGACUGUGAGUAGAUUCUUGGAGUUUUGGGCGGAGAAAAAGCACUGAAUCUGCUAAACUCAGCGAUACGUCAUUGUCGGAGACCACAGUAGAGCUACGUAUGGACAUUUAAGCAUGC